UGUCAUACACGACACACGCAUACUUCAAAUAUCUUCAAAUACAUUUAGACAACAACAUAAAACUCGUAAACAUAAGCAAUGGAGUAACCAGUGGGCGAUGAACCGGGACUUCAUCUACAACUACCAGGAUGACGGGCCUAACACGUGGUCGAGGAUCGGUAGCACGCUCAACAAAUGGCUGUGGGGCGCGCUUUGCUGCGGCAUACCGGGCGUGCCUUGUUACUUCUGUACCUGCUGUAAGCAGCUCGACACCAUGACUGAGAGAGAACGCCCCAGAGUAAACCAAGCGACAGGAACCGCAGAGCGCCUGUCCCGUCAGCAUCGGCCGAACGCACCGCGCAGCAGGAAAGCGACUCCGGAGACGCUGUCGGCGGUGCGGUGCGCGUUGUCGCAACUACAGGGCGAGCCAGCACCCGUACCACCUCUCCCGCUGCCCGUAGACCACCGCACCCAGGACCCCGGCUGAUCGUGCACCCAGCGAUACGAUACUUUGUAAGAUUAAUAUUUAAAUGUUAUAUAAACGUACAUUUCUUAAUUUUA